ACGGGGGCCUCGAGGAGAUGGUGGAGGAGCUCAACAGCGGGAAGGUGAUGUACGCCUUCUGCAGGGUGAAGGAUCCCAACUCCGGCCUGCCCAAAUACGUCCUCAUCAACUGGACUGGCGAAGGUGUGAAUGACGUGAGAAAAGGAGCCUGCGCCAACCACGUCAGCACCGUCGCAAACUUCCUAAAGGGGGCUCACGUCACCAUCAACGCUCGUGCGGAGGAGGACGUGGAGCCUGAACUCAUCAUGGAGAAGGUUGCCAAGGCCUCCGGGGCCAACUACAACUUCCACAAGGAGAGCAGCAAGUUCCAGGACUCGGGCCCUCAAGCUCCCGUGGGCUCGGUCUACCAGAAGACGAAUGCAAUGUCCGAAAUCAAGAGAGUCAAUAAAGAUAAUUUCUGGGCCAAAGCUGAGAAAGAUGAAGAAAACCGACGGCUGGAGGAGAAGAGGAGAGCGGAGGAGGAACGGCAACGGCUAGAGAGAGAACGUCGGGAGCGGGAGCUGCAGGAAGCGGCGGGGCGAGAACAGAGAUAUAAA